AUGAAUGAUUUUACAAUAUAUAUUCGUUUCAUUCAUUUCUUCAUUCAUUCGACUUAUUCAUCUCUAUACUUGCAGAACUUUCCGUUAAAUAUUAAUCGAGCUAUAUUGGAAAUGGACUAUUCUCAGAAGAAACAAUCGUGGCUUGAAUUCAUUAAUGAAUCCAUGGGAAAUAAUUCUCAUAAUACAUCCAAUCAUGAAACGCAAAUGAAUCAUCGAGAUCACGCUCUGAUCGAUUCUGACAGUGGAGCAGCAAAUCACAUGGACACAGAUCGAAAUAAUCGUGUACAUCAAAUUCGAUCAGAUGGAAAACUGAAAAAUACGUCGGCAUCACUCGAAAUGAAUAAGGGUAAGCAAAUGCGUUUCUUACCACGCAAAAAUCUCUUCUAA